CAAAAGAUGAAGGAAUCCACUCGAAUUCCAGCAUCCAUCCCCCGCCGCCUCUAGCAAGUCCCACAUCUUCUCCUUCAAUAACAUAACCUCUACUUCUCUUUCGAAACUCGCAUGUCUACAGCAGAGCCUCAUCCACCUGCUUCAAUUUCACUGAAACCGCUCUCUUCUCCGCCCCCCCCCUCGUUUGAGCCCCAUCAUUUCUCAUCUGCCCUCCCCCGCUCCAUACACCUACUAGCAUCAUGAAAGCCAUCAUACAACGAGUUCUCUCGGCCUCUGUUACCGUCGAUAAAGAAGUUGUCUCCUCAAUCGGCCAAGGGCUUCUUGUGUUAGCUGCUGUUGCUCCAUAUGAUACCCCAAAAGACGUCGAAGCAAUCGCCAACAAGAUACUAAAAUUAAAAGUCUGGGAUGAUGAAGGCGGUGGACGAUGGAAGAGAUCUGUCCUAGAUCUCGAUCAUCAGGUUUUACUGGUAUCUCAGUUCACUUUGUUAGCUACAACAAAGAAGGGGAAUAAGCCUGAUUUCCAUGGUGCCUGUCCUCCAGCUGUUGCAAGGGAAAUCUACGCAUCUUUGCUCCAGAAGACCCGAGAACUAUACGUCGAGGAGAAGAAGCUAUCACCUGAGGCUGGAAGUACCAAGGUCCAAGAUGGAAUCUUUGGGGCGAUGAUGGAAGUCAGUCUGGUUAAUGAUGGGCCGGUAACUUUCGAGAUUUCUUCACCAAUGAAGAAAGUUGAGACUCCUCUGGGAGGAGGAGGGGGGGAAGGCAAUACACAGGGGGGAAAAAAGUCCAAAGCUACCUCUUCAAACGAAGAAGGACAAGUCAAGCUGAGCGAGGCGGUAAUUGACGGCGGUGAGCUCAACGAGGGAAAAUGAAUACCAUAUCCGGGUACCCAAUACCUACCCUUCCUCCCCUCUCUGGAACAUGCUACAAGUAGAUAGAACUUAGAAGAGGUCCUUAGACAAACCCCGGUUCUUGAUUGAAAAAUUUUCAUCCAACAAGUCGGAACCCAGUCCGGCUUAACUCA